UCUUGCGCAGUCGUCUAUACUCCACGACCUCUCACCAGCAGACGACGUGAGACUCGUAGGACGCGGCACACCCGUAUUUGCAUUAAUGUGACAAGCGUCAAUGUGAAUCAGUAAUUAAAAUAUUUUUUUGCUUUUUUAAAAUUGAGGAAGGUUACUUACAGCUGUCAUCUGUUCUCUGCUCAUUGGCAGUGACUUCUCGGCCGUAAACUCCCGUUAUCGCUCCCUGUCGUCUUGUUUGUUUUGGUUUAGUGGUGUUGGAUUCAGGUUAUGUAAUAGCUUCAAUAUCAUUUAACUAACAAUGGCAGUCUUUAGUAGCCUAAGAAUUGGAAGCUAUGCAUCUGGAAGGUUUUUGAAAAAGCAUCAUCUUUCAGUUUCUCCAUUUACAACAAAUGGAAAAUGGAACAGGGGGCUAACGACUGAUGCGUCAGGAGGUUCCUUUGAUCUUGUUGUGGUUGGAGGAGGAAUAGUGGGAGUAGCCUCUGCGAGAGAACUCCUUUGCAGGCAUCCAACUCUCAAGGUGGCUGUUGUUGAGAAGGAGAACCGCUUAGCAGCUCAUCAAACAGGACACAACAGCGGAGUCAUUCAUGCUGGCAUAUACUACAAGCCUGGAACACUGAAGGCAAAACUGUGUGUAGAAGGACUCCGCUUGACCUAUGAGUUUUGUGAUAAACAUAAUGUACCGUACAAAAAAGUUGGAAAGCUUAUUGUUGCUAAAGACAAAUCAGAGGAAGCCCGCUUAAUGGAUCUAUGGGAUCGUGGACAACGUAACAAUGUCCCAGAUCUCCGUAUGAUAGAUUCAGCAGCCAUAAAAGAAUAUGAACCAUUUUGCCAAGGAUGGAAAGCUCUUCAUUCUCCUCACACUGGAAUUGUAGAUUGGGCAUUAGUGACAGAGUACUAUGCAAAAGAUUUUCAAAAUAGAGGAGGAAAAAUAUUCCUAAAUUUCAAUGUAACAGGAUUCAGUGAAGCAACAGAUACCCAAGGUGGGGAAUUCCCAAUCAGAGUGACUGAGCCACAAAGGCAUCUUAAUGCUCGCUACAUUUUAACCUGUGGCGGACUUCAUUCAGACAGGCUAGCAAAGCUAUCUGGAUGCAACCCUGUGCCACAGAUUAUUCCUUUCAGGGGAGAAUAUUUGUUGUUAAGUAAAGAAAAACAACAUAUGGUGAAAGGAAACAUUUAUCCAGUUCCAGAUCCACGGUUUCCAUUCCUUGGAGUACAUUUUACACCUCGGAUGGACGGGAGCAUUUGGUUAGGACCAAAUGCUGUUUUGGCUUUCCAAAGAGAGGGAUACAGGUGGGGAGAUGUGAACAUCAAGGAAUUGGUGGAGGUUCUGAAAUUUCCUGGCUUCAGAAAUGCAGCAGCCAAACACAUAUCAUUUGGCUGUUCGGAAAUGCUUCGUUCUGUCUUCAUAAAUUUGCAGUUGAAAGAACUCCAGCGUUUUAUUCCUAGCAUUGAAGCAGCGGAUAUUUCUAGGGGCCCGUCUGGUGUCCGAGCUCAGGCCAUGGAUCUGUCUGGGGAGCUGGUCGACGACUUCGUCUUCGAUUCAGCGCCAGCAAGCAAAGACAGCAAACUGGGGCCGAGAAUCCUACACUGCAGGAACGCGCCGUCACCUGGGGCCACAUCCUCCCUGGCCAUCGCCAAAAUGAUUGUCGAUAAACUUGACACUGAUUUCAAGCUGUGAUAACUUUGCAAUAAAGUAAAUAUGAAAAUAAUGAGA